CUUUCAGACAAGAGCUUAAAAGGGGCUCAACAACCCCUCAACGGCACCAACUUUCAUCCCAGCCUACCUCGAACUCCAUCAACACCCCCUUAAACCCCUGCAGGGCACUUUGAGACGCAGAUUCGCACAAUCCUCGUUCCGCCGAAGCUUCCGCAAGCUCCACUAUGGCUGAACUACCGCCCUUCGAGCACACGCCGCUCGACGACAUUGCCUCGAUCGCAUCGCGCAUCCGCACGAGCUUCCUCUCGCACAAGACGCGCCCAUUAGAGUUCCGGCUUGUCCAGCUGCGGAAGCUGUACUGGGGACUGAAAGACAACCAGGACCUUAUCCUGGAAGCAUGCAAAAAGGACCUCGGCAAGCCGUCCUUCGAGACAUACCUCACCGAAGUCGGCUGGUGCAUGAACGACAUCGUCUUCAUGUCCAAGAACCUCGCGCGCUUCGCAAAGGAUGAGCCCGCACAGGACAUGAACCUCACGAACAAGUUCUUCGGGCCCAAGAUCAGGAAGGACCCGCUGGGAUCGGCGUUGAUCAUUGGAGCCUACAACUUCCCCAUCCAACUCUCCCUUGGCCCUCUCAUCGGCGCCAUAUCCGCAGGCUGCACCGCCGUGCUCAAGCCCUCCGAGAGCUCGCCCCACGCCGCCGCCGUCAUGCAGAAGAUCAUCGCCGAGUCGCUCGACCCCUCGUGUUAUACCUGCAUCCAAGGCGCCAUUCCCGAAACGACCGCUCUCCUCGACCAGAAAUGGGACAUGAUCUUCUACACUGGGUCCGUGAACGUGGGCACCAUCAUCGCGAAGAAGGCGGCCGAGACGCUUACCCCGGUGACGCUGGAGCUGGGCGGACGCAACCCCGCCAUUAUCACGAAGCAUGCGGAUCCGAAGCUAGCGGCCCGACGGCUGCUAUGGGCGAAGACGCUUAAUGCGGGGCAGGUGUGCGUAUCGCAGAACUUCACAUUAAUCGAUAAGGAGAUGGUGCAACCGUUCCUGCGCGAGAUGAAGAAUGCGCUUCAGGAAUUCUAUCCGCAAGGUGCUAGGAAAAGCCCGGAUUACGGCCGGAUCGUCAAUCUAAGGCAGUUCCAGAGGCUGAAGAAGAUGCUGGAUGAAAGCAGUGGCAAGAUUGUGUUGGGCGGCACCAUGGAUGAGAGCGAUUUGUUCAUCGAGCCCACUGUCGUGGAGGUCAAAAGCAUGGAUGAUAGUCUGAUCAAGGAGGAGAGCUUCGGCCCGCUACUGCCCAUCCUCCCAGUCGCGGAUCUGGAUGAAGCGAUUAGAAUCGCCAACGAAGUGCACGACACACCCUUAGGCCUUUACCCCUUCGGCAACAAAGCCGAGAUGGAAAAAGUCCUCUCACAAACCCGCUCCGGCGGCGCCUCCCUCAACGACGGCUUCUUCCACGCCUCAAUCCCCACCUUGCCCUUCGGCGGCGUGGGCUCAUCCGGCCAGGGCGCCUACCGCGGUAAAGCCUCGUUCGACGUCUUUACGCACCGGCGCAGCGUCACAAACACACCUGCUUGGAUCGAGAGCAUGCUGGAUAUCAGGUACCCACCCUACACUUUGAAGAAGCAGCAGAAGUUUGCCAGCAUGAGCGAGCUGAAGCCAGACUUCGACCGCGAGGGGAGACCGAUUGGGUGGGGGCGGUGGAUGCUCGGCUUGUUGGGCGUGAAAGGCUUGGCGGCUGUUGUGGGUAAGUGAUUGCAUGUGCUGCGCGUCUCAUGUUCUCCUUUAUUUCUCUGAUCCUGUUCCCUUGGAUUUCUUGGUUUAUACGUCAUUUUCGUUUGCUUUUUGUGUGGUGUUUCAGGCAAUUUGGGACGAUCUCUGAUACCCACAAAAUGCUAUGUAUGGUAAUGCCUGGGGCUCGUAGUCGGCUCAUUGAAUCUGCCCCUUCGUUGUAUUCUGCGUAUUCUCCGCUGUUUGAUUCCAUCGUGCGGUGCUCAAAGGCUAACGUAAACCAGUGGCUAUAGGUAUCCGGCUGUAUCUCCAACGGCGGGCUAAGUUGUAAACGGA